AUGGAAAAGUUGGACAAGUCUGUCGAGUCUAUCGACGAAUGCAACUUAUCACUUGACGGCAUGAACGACUCACUCGGCCGUAUCGACGACCCAUUCGACCGCAUGAACGCCUCACUCGACAGCAUGAAUGACUCACUCAAGAGAUUGAGUGAGAGAUGGGACCAGAGAGAGGCGCAGAUGGAGGCUUUCUUUGCGAGCGACAACGGGGAGGACCGGUUUGUACGCCGGGGAGACCUUCAUGAGGUUCUCUCUGGCUUGAAGGAGGGCCACCUAGCCAAGGUCGCUGCUGCCGCGAUCGAGUCGAACAGGGACGGGAUGGAUUCGGAAGAUGAUCAGCACCUCAAUAACGAGGAUGCUUCGACUGGAUAA